AACAAAUGAAACGGCUCAUUUUGUUAAGUAUUGUGGUAUUGCUAUAUGUGUCCAAAUUUGGAAGAUUAUUUGUACGCAAAUGAAUAUUUAUAGAGUUUUGAUUGACCUUUCGAUUGGGUUGUAUUUGAAUGUUUUUGGUUUAAUUAGAUAUAUAGGAUCUUUCACGAGUCGUAAGAUUAUACACAAUUUCAUUCAAAGAGUUUAGCAAAUAUGUCACUAAGUGAGCCUUUGACGAGCCAAAUAACAUAUUGCCAAGUAGCAUACAAUUGUGUAUUAUAGUAUGAUGAGUGUCAGAUUUAUCCGAUGUCUUUUCCUGUAAGAAAAUAGCUUAAGCUACCUACCGGUUUCACCUGUUUUAGUGAAGAACCGACCACCAAUGCAAUGGCAUUUAUCGCUCUUAAUGCAUUUAAGAGAUGUAGAACUUGGGAUAAUUUAAAACCACAGAUAUAUCCGAUCGUGUCUAUUUUGUUCAGAAGUAAAAUGCACUCAAACUAAGAUUAUGUCACACCAGAAAUACGUAAAUAGCUUAAAAAUUAACACAAUUUGCUUUCUUUUUAAUUGUGACGUCAUGUCCGGUAAGAUGACAUCACAAUUUAUAAUAUGUACAUGAAGUAAUUUCCUGUUAAACUCUUUAAGAACCAAAUUUUUUUUUUUUUACAAAAUCGAGAAAAAAUUAUCACGCUUUCCGCUUAGGUAUUAAAUGGAAAAUGUACUUCUUUAUUUAAGAAAAUCUUCAUCAUAAAUAAAAAAUGAGAAAGAAAACGUAAGACUUGCUACAAUACUGCCAAUUAAGCAAUUAAUUUUGCCAUUAUUUUUUUUUACAAACACGCGGAGUGAUAUAUUAUCUCACCUAUAAAAACAGGGUAAUGUUAUAUUACACAUGUGUAAUGCAGUGAAAUACAUGGUGGCUAUUUUUAGCCGGAAAAAACAACAUGUGAUAACAAGUGAUCAUUUAUUGCUGCUUAAUCAGUGUUAUAUGAGGCCUUAAUCUGUGUUAUAAUAAGGAAAUUUAUGCAUUGUAAAUUAUAAAAAAGCUUUCAGUAUAAUAUUUUGUUUCCUUAAGUCUAGGGUCUCAUUGUUGAUUUAAUAUCAGGACAAAAUGCUUAAGCUUAAGAUAAUAUUUUUAUUUUCAUGGUUUCUAUGUUAUGUGUGUGAUUUUAAUUCCGUUGAUUCUGCAAUAUAUAUGCCAAAUGCAGUCAAAGGCAGAUUUAGCUUCAGGAAUUGUAACAACACGCCUGUGCCCCUCAUCUUUGACCAUGUUGACAUUCAACCCGACCCCGUGCAAAUGGACCUUGGCUACGUCAAUCUCAAUAUGAGUGCUACACUCACGAAGAUGAUUGGUUACUCGAACAAAGUCGAUGCCAGUUUGAGCGUACGACUGAAGACAUCGAACGGUGAAACGGAGCUGUGCUAUAUUAUUGGAGGGCAAUGUUACGUAUCGGACCUCUGCUACUUCAUCAAAACAACGCUCAAUAUCCCUACGUGUACUAUUGAACCGUUUCAAGGUAACUUCUUGAAUAGAGCUCGGCAGUUCGAACAUCUGCCGUUUAUAGUGAAGGGACAAUUUACAAUCAAAGCAAACGUCAGAGAAUUAGGGGAGCCAGUGGCAUGUUUAGAAUGGACCAUGUGCUUGAAUGAUUGCAGUUUACUUUGAACAAACAUGAUGAUCAUCUACGUUGAAAGAGAAGUGGCGUCGGAGAAGUUUGCCUAGUUGCACUUAUAUGUUCACACACAUAAGAUUUGUACAACAUUGAUGUAUAAGUUUUGCUUCACCAUACUAAUAAACAGUAUUUGCUAAAACAUUCAAGCAUCGAGUUUACCCUUUUUUAACAAAACUGACUCAUUAUAUUUUUUUUAAAUAAAAGAAAUUGUUACGUUGCGUAAUAA